CAUGAAUGGCCAUUGUACCAAAUGGAUGUAAAAAAUGCUUUUUUACAUGGAGACCUCGAAGAGGAAGUCUACAUGCAACUACCCCCGGGUCAUCCACAAGCACAGAAUUCAGGUAUAGCUUGCAAGCUUCAUAAGUCAAUCUAUGGCUUGAAACAAUCUCCUCGUGCCUGGUAUGCCAAACUGAGCUCGGUACUUGAAAAUUUUGGGUUCAAGAGAAGUCAUGUUGAUUCCUCCCUGUUUGUUCGAAUAGGAUCAGUUGGCAAAUUAGUUGUACUAAUCUAUGUUGAUGAUAUCAUCAUCACAGGUGAUAACAUUGAUGAGAUUCACACUCUUAAACAUUCUCUUCAUCAACAAUUUGCCAUUAAAGACUUAGGGUUUUUAAAAUACUUCCUUGGGAUUGAACUGGCCACUUCCCCCAAGGGACUUUUUUUGAGUCAAAGGAAAUAUGUGAUUGACUUACUUCAAGAAGUGAAGAUGAUGGAUUGCAAACCAACUCGUACUCCUCUUGAUAGCAAAUUAAAGUUGGACUUGACAAGAGAACCUCUCAGUGAUAUCAGUUACUACCAACGAUUAGUGGGUAAGCUUAUAUAUCUCACCAUCAUCAGACCGGAUAUAACUUACGCCGUCAGUCUUGUAAGCCAAUUCAUGCAUGCACCCACUGAAGCUCAUUUAAAUGUUGUUAAAAGAAUUCUCAGAUACCUCAAAGGCUCCAUUGGUCGGGGAAUCGUCAUGAAAAACAAUGGUCAUACUCAAAUCAUUGCCUACACCGAUGCUGACUGGGCAGGGAAUGCUAUUGAUAGAAAAUCCACUACUGGCUACUGCACAUUGGUUGGAGGAAACCUCGUGACAUGGAAGAGCAAAAAACAAAAUGUAAUUGCUCGCUCAAGUGCCGAAGCUGAGUAUAGAGCCAUGGCUUCCACUGCAUGUGAACUCAUUUGGCUCUAG